CUGACUUUAGAAAAAAAUGUAAACACUGAGUAACAACUGCAGCAUAAAAUUGAAAAAUCUUAUUUUUAACUAAAAAAAAAGUAAAUUAUUAAAUAAAAACAUGACAAAAAUAGCUAAAACUACACUAAAUUUGAAACAGUUCUUCUUGCGCCAAGAGGUAUUAAAAUUGUAUCGUGAUAUAUUUCGUACCAUACGUUUAGUACCCGAUGCCAAUAGUCAACAGGAGUUACGUGCCUGGGCUCGUCAGGAUUUUCGCGUUAAUAAAGAGCAAACAGAUGAGGUGGCCAUUAAAAUGCUUGUACAAUAUGGCAGACGUAGUUUGAAUGAAUUGAGACAAAGUCUGCAUUUAAGCGGUGUAUGUAAUGAGGAUAAGAAAUAAUACAACAUGAUGGAUGGAAAGAAGGAAGUACAAGUGCAGAAUUGGUUUAAUAAUUGUUUUGGUUUUAUAUUUUAUUUCGAUAUAAUUUGUUUUGUAUUUUUUUAAGGCUACAUAAAACAAGCAGUUUAUUAUAAAAUUAGCCGGGGGAUUUUACAUAGUUGGAGAAGAAAUUAUAAACUAAAAUACAACCUUUUGAAAUGUG